AUGUGGAUUGUUUCGAAGCAUGAGAAGUUGCAUAAUCACGAAUUGGUUCCACCAAGCAAGAGUUACCUUCUAAGGUCACAUAGGAUGGUGUCUAGGAAUCAUAUUUCCUAUCUUACUGAUUUGAAGAGCAGUGGUGUGUCUGUUGCAAAUGGUGUAAGAUUCCUUAAAACACAAUCAGGGGGAUCACCACUUGUUGGUUUUACAAGUAGGGAUGCAUAUAACUCUUUAUGUACCGAUGCAUUUAACAAAUUGGAUGGGACUGAUUCAAACACACUGAUUGAAAUAUUCAAACGGAGGCAGUCAAGUGAAAGGGAUUUUUACUUUGAUUUUGAGGUGGAUUUGGAGUCAAGGAUGGUUAAAACAUAUAAAUGUCACAAUAAUCAUUGGAUUGAAAAGCUUUAUGGGUGUAGAGAAAAAUGGUGUCCUGCAUUUAAUAAAGAUUAUUUUUUGGGUGGGAUUUUAUCUUCUCAAAGGAGUGAGACCACAAACCACUCUAUUUCUAGAAGGUUGUCUAAGACAUCUGGUCUGUGUGAUUUUUAUAACUCAUUUGUUGGGGUUAUAUCAGAGUGGAGAAGUAGAGAGAAUGGGGAAGAUGUUCGAUGUUCACAAGGUGUACCUACAAUGGUGAUGGAUAAUGUUAAGAUUCUGUUGCAUGCUAGGGAAAUUUAUACAAUUGAGAUAUACUAUUUGUUUAAAGAACAAUUUUUGAAAGGUGGAUCAUGCUAUCAAGAGUGUGUGAUGUUGGAAGAUGGUGUGUACAAGUAUCAUGUUUGGAGGCCUGAUGUUGAUAUUAUUAGGCAUGAAGUGAUCUUUAACAAUAGACAAAUGGACAUUGGAUGUAGUUGCAAGUUGUUCACUGAAUUGGGGAUUUUGUGUUGUCAUUGUUUACGCAUUCUAAAUGUGCAUUGUGUUUCUGAAGUCCCUGAGAAGUAUAUUUUGAAUAGGUGGACUAAAAAAGUUGUUGAAGUUGAUAAUUUUGAUAUAAUGUCUAGAGUUGAUAGUGGUAAUGGUGCAUCUUCUGUUUGGUUAUUAGAAAUCAUUAGGAAAUUUCAGAGGCUUGCUGUUUACAGUCAGGAAAAUAUCGAAGGACGGAAGAUUUGUGAAGAAGCAAUUGCAGAUGCAAGGAGAAGACUUGAAGCUGAAUGUGGUGGUAGUUUAUUUGAAGAAUGUGACAUAGGAUCGUCAAGUGGUGUUAUAAAGGAUCCAUCUACUAGGUGGAUGAAAGGGUUGCGGAAUAGGAGGGUGAGCAGUGUUAUUUCAAAGAAAUAUAACAAAGCAAGGGGACGGAAGCAUCUUGCACAUAUGGUUGCUUCCAAAAUAAAAUCUGCUGUUCAGUCUCAAGUUGAGGAUGAUAUUUUAAAUAUUGCUGGGGAUGGAUAUCUUGUGCAUCCAAGUUCCGGAGGUUCUAAUUUUUGUCACGUUAGCACAAUGUCAAGUAUGGAGGACAAUUAA